AUGUGCUGCGCUAGUGUGGUCAGAGACAUGGGCAAAGGCGUCUUCAUCAGCAAAGGCAUUGGUGCGCUCCUCAUCAUCGUGGGGGCCGCCUCUGUCGCCACUAUUAUCGCCCUGUCCGUUGUUUACGCGCAGGAAAAAUCCAAAAACAAUGAAGUGUCACCCACCGAUGGAGGAAGCACAACCAAUCCUCCAGCCACAACACCCACCCCGUCCGACAAGCCGUGGGACCAGUACCGGCUGCCCAAGUCCCUGGUGCCCGAUCACUACCACCUGUCGCUGUGGCCUCGACUGACAACAGAUGAGAUUGGGAUGUACAUCUUCACAGGAGAAUCUAGUGUGGUCUUCAAAUGUGUAAUGGACACAAACUUGAUCCUGAUUCACUCCAAUAAACUUAACUACACAAAGGCUCCGGUUCUGGAGGGGGUCAAUGGCACCGCUCCCGAUAUCAAGAUGCACUGGCUGCAGACGGUGACCCAAUACCUGGUCAUCGAGCUGGACGGUACACUGAAGAAGGACCAUUCGUACCGUCUGAGCACAGAGUUCAGGGGAGAGCUGGCUGAUGACCUGGGCGGCUUCUACAGGAGCGAAUACAUGGAAAAUGGAAUCUCGAAAAUUGUUGCUACGACUCAGAUGCAGCCGACGGAUGCACGCAAAUCCUUCCCAUGUUUCGAUGAGCCCGCGAUGAAGGCGGUCUUCGACAUCACUCUCACCCAUCCCCCUGGAACUGUGGCGUUAUCCAAUGGGGAAGAGAAAGCCUCUGUAAGCACAACAAUAAAUGGUGUUAAAGUGAUGCAAACGUCCUUCAAACCAACUGAAAAAAUGUCCACCUAUCUCCUUGCAUAUAUAGUCAGCGACUAUGACAAUGUCAAUACAACCAUUGAUAAUGUUAUGAUACGCAUCUUUGCCAGAAAGUCAGCCAUUCUUGCUGGGCAAGGAGACUAUGCCUUGAAUAUUACUGGACCUAUUCUCAAGUACUUUGAAGAAUACUACAAUUCGUCGUAUCCUCUGCCCAAGUCCGAUCAGAUUGCUUUGCCUGACUUUAACGCUGGAGCCAUGGAGAACUGGGGUCUGAUCACAUACAGAGAAACUGCGCUGCUCUAUGAUUCGUCAUUCUCAUCCAAUGGCAACAAAGAACGCAUUGCCACCAUCAUAGCCCACGAAUUAGCCCACAUGUGGUUUGGUAACCUGGUGACUCUGCGGUGGUGGAACGACUUGUGGCUGAAUGAGGGUUUUGCAUCAUAUGUUGAGUACCUGGGAGCAGACGCUGUUGAAAAGGAUUGGGGCAUGAAAGACCUGAUGGUGCUCAAUGACGUUCACCGCGUGUUUGCGAUUGAUGCCCUGACCUCCUCUCACCCCCUGUCAUCCAAAGAGGAGGACAUCCAGAAACCAGAGCAGAUCAGUGAGCUGUUCGAUGCCAUCUCAUACAGCAAGGGUGCAUCUGUGCUGAGAAUGCUUGAUGGUUUUCUCACAGAAGAAGUGUUCAAAAGUGGACUCCAGACUUAUCUGAAACAAUUUGCAUUUGGAAACACAGUUUACACUGACCUUUGGAUACACCUCCAAGAUGCUGUUGACAAAAACUCAUCCAUAACGCUCCCAAAUACAGUGGCAGAGAUCAUGAACACGUGGGUGCUGCAGAUGGGCUUUCCUGUGGUUACCAUAGAUACAGCCACCGGAUCGGUAUCCCAGAAGCACUUCCUGUUGGACCCAGACUCUGAAGUCACAGUCGUGUCUCCAUACAAGUACCAGUGGACUGUGCCCAUUAAAUGGAUGAAAACUGGAGCUCCACAGCCUGCAAAAUGGUUGGUGGAUAAGACAGAAAAUGUUGCAGAUAUGAAAACAACUGAAAGUGAAUGGUUACUGGCCAACAUCAACGUAGAGGGAUACUACAGAGUAAACUACGACCAGAGUAACUGGGACAAGCUCUUGCACGCUCUAAACACCAAUCAUCAGGUUAUUCCAGUGAUAAACAGAGCCCAGCUGGUGGAUGAUGCUUUCAACAUGGCCAGAGCCAAGAUUGUCUCAACUGAGCUGGCCCUUCGAACCACCACAUACUUGACAAAGGAGACUGCUUUCAUGCCCUGGGAGUCAGCCCUGGACAAUAUGGACUUCUUCUAUCUAAUGUUUGACAGAAGUGAAGUGUAUGGCCUUAUUCAGGCCUAUCUGCAGAAACAGGUCUUGAAUUUGUAUGGGUUUUACAAGGAAAGUACAGGCAACUGGACUACAAUCCCCAAAGGUCACUUGGAUCAGUACAAUCAAGUGAACGCCAUCAGUUUAGCGUGUAAAACCGGCCUCAAGGAAUGCACAGAUUUGGUCACAGGCUGGUUCAAGCAGUGGAUGGAGAACCCAAAAGGAAACAACACAAUCGCACCAAACCUGCGAUCCACCGUGUACUGCAAUGCUAUUGCAGCAGGGGGCGCUGCAGAGUGGGAUUUUGCUUGGGCACAGUUCAAGAAGGCCAAUGCCAUUGAAGCUGACAAACUGCGAUCUGCACUGGCCUGCACCAAGCAACCAUGGCUGCUCAACAGAUACCUGGAAUACACACUGAAUUCGACGAUGAUCCGCAAACAGGAUGCUACCUCCACAAUCGUCUACAUCGCCAACAACGUGGUGGGACAGUCUCUGGCCUGGGACUUUAUCAGAGCCCACUGGACAUACAUCUUCACUGAGUAUGGUGGAGGCUCCUUCUCCUUUUCCAACCUCAUCAAUGGAGUCACAAAACGCUUCUCUUCUGAGUUUGAGCUUAAACAGCUAAGACAGUUCAAAGAGGAGCACGCAGAGACAGGCUUCGGCUCCGGGACUCUGGCCGUGGACCAGUCCAUCGAGAGGACCAUCAGUAACAUGAAUUCGGGCUUCACUUCAGCAGCAGACAGAGACAUGGGCAAAUGCUGCCGGGUCAGUAAACUGUGUGUGCUGUGUGUGCUGCUGGCCACGGCCUCGGUGGCGACCAUUGUCACGUUAUGGACUAUCGCGCUGGUGGGAGACGGGGAAGUGACCACUGCGCCAUGGGACAGAUACCGUCUGCCUACAGCUCUGAUCCCACUCUCCUACACUGUGACCCUGUGGCCCCGCCUCAGCCCUGGUCCAGACGACCUCUACAUCUUCACAGGGGAGUCAGAAGUGGAGUUUCAGUGCGUGGCUGACACGGACCUCAUCCUGAUUCACUCCAAUAAACUCCAGUUUGUGCUCCAGGAAGGUCACAUGGUCCGACUUACAGCAGCAGCAGGGGCCGAGCCUGCUCCCAGAAUCAAAUCCACCUGGUUCCAGCCUGUGACGCAGUAUAUGGUCAUUCAACUGAAGGGGAAGUUAAAAGCCGGCCUCUCGUAUCUGCUUUUCAGUUCCUUUAGUGGAGAACUGGCCGAUGAUCUUGCUGGAUUUUACAGGAGCGAAUAUGAAGAGGAUGGUCUUAAAAAGGUUGUUGCCACAUCUCAGAUGCAUCCAACCCAUGCCAGAAAGACCUUCCCAUGUUUCGAUGAGCCCUCUCUAAAGGCGGUUUUCAACAUCACUCUAAUCCAUCCUCCAGGAACAGUAGCCCUGUCCAAUGGAAUGGAGAUUGAUGUGGUCAACACAACCAAAGACGGAGUCGCAGUAACACAAACCAGAUUCGAAGCCACCAAGAAAAUGUCCUCAUACUUACUGGUGGUUAUCGUCUGUGACUUCACUUUUAUUAGUGCAAAACAGCAAGACACUCUGAUACGGAUCUGGGCUCGAAGGAAGGCCAUUGAGUCUCAUCAGGGAGACUACGCUCUCAAAGUGACGGGACCCAUUCUCGACUUCUUCCAACGUUAUUAUAAUAUCUCUUACCCGUUAAACAAAACAGAUCAGAUCGCGUUGCCAGACUUUUACUUUGGAGCUAUGGAAAACUGGGGCUUGGUGACGUACAGAGAAAGCAACCUGCUUUAUGAUCCCCUGGGCUCCUCCAAUAGAAACAAAGAAACCACAGUGACCAUCAUCGCACAUGAGCUUGCACAUAUGUGGUUUGGAAAUCUGGUCACAUUGAAGUGGUGGAACGAAGUAUGGCUGAAUGAAGGCUUUGCGUCCUAUGUGUCCUACCUGGGAGCUGAUGACGCAGAACCCGACUGGGAUGUGAAAGACCUUAUUGUGCUGGACGACAUUCACAGAGUGUUUGCUGUUGAUGCGUUGACGUCGUCUCACCCUCUGUCCUCCGACGAAGACGACAUUUUAAAACCAGAGCAGAUCAGUGAACAAUUUGAUGCCAUCUCAUACAGUAAGGGAGCAUCUGUGCUGAGGAUGCUGUCAGACUUUCUCUCUGAACCAGUCUUUGUCCAGGGGCUAAGUACCUAUCUUACAGCCUUCUCUUAUAGCAACACGGUUGGUUCAGAUCUUUGGCAGCAUCUAAACAUGGCAGUGAAAAACAGUAACAUGUCUCUGCCACAUCACGUCGGGGAGAUCAUGAACACUUGGGUUCUGCAGAUGGGCUUUCCGGUGGUCACCAUAGAUACAGCCACUGGAAACGUAACUCAGGAGCACUUCUUACUGGAUCCUGAGUCUAACGUCACAGUCAAGUCUCCGUACAACUACAAAUGGUUGAUUCCUGUGCGUUGGAUGAAAACCGGUUUCCCCCAGAGCAAUGUGUGGUGGCUCAGUAAAAAGACUGAAGUGAACUUGGACAUGAGAAGUGGAGGGGCCUGGGUUCUGGCAAACAUCAACGUGAGUGGUUAUUAUCGUGUGAACUAUGAUCUGGGGAACUGGGAACGCCUCCUGGUUCAGCUCAAUGCCGAACACAAGGUAAUUCCGCUGAUAAACAGAGCCCAGAUUAUAGAUGAUGUUUUCAACCUGGCAAGGGCCAGACUCGUGUCCACACCCCUGGCUCUGAGGACCACUCUCUUCCUGUCUGCAGAGACUGAAUACAUGCCGUGGCAGUCUGCACUGGACAACAUGCAUUAUUACUAUCUCAUGUUGGACCGCACUGAGGUCUACCAACCUCUGCAGGAUUACAUGAAAAAGCUGGUGACACCCCUCUUUUUACAUUUUAAAAACAUCACCUCGGAGUGGACAGAUGAUGCAGGCAGACACACAGACCAAUACAACCAGGUGAAUGCCAUUCGUAUGGCCUGUCAGACAGGAGUAACAGAGUGCCAGAACUUGACCUCAUUGUGGUUCACACAGUGGAUGGACAGCCCUCACAACAACUUAAUUCCCUCGAACCUGCGCUCAGUGGUGUACUGCAGCGCUAUAGCAGCUGGGGGAGAACGAGAGUGGGACUUUUGCUGGUCCCAGUUUAAGAGUGCUGCUGUGGCCAGUGAGGCCAGUAAACUCAUGUCUGCUUUGGCCUGUGCCACUAAACCUGAGCUGCUGCUGAGGUAUCUGUCUUUUACUUUAAACUCGUCCAUGAUUCGCAAACAGGAUGCCUCAUCAGUGAUCACUGCUGUGGCCAGUAAUCGAGUGGGACAAAACCUGGCAUGGGACUUUGUCAGAGAGCAAUGGGAAUACAUUUUCACAGAUUAUGGAGUGGGAUCUUUUGCUUUUGCUUCAAUAAUCAGCGGUGUCACAGCACGCUUUUCUGUACCAACUGAGCUACAGCAGCUGAAAGACUUUGUGAAAGAGCACGAGCACUUGGGUUUUGGCUCAGCCACUUUGGCUGUGGAGCAGGCGCUGGAGCGGACCCAGGCCAACAUCAAGUGGUUACAGCAGAACCAGCAGGAGGUGUUGGACUGGUUCAUAGGACAGACGAGGCCUCAUAUGUAA